AUGAACGCCAGACCUGGCGAUGAUUUUAUAGCUUCUACUCUUAUAAUAGGUUUCUACUUGUACCUGGGUAGGAAAUUUCAUUACUCACAAUACAGUACCGGUAUAGUAAUAACCUACAACAAUUAUAUAUUUCAUGGGAAAAAAAUUAUCUGCAAUAUAUUUUGCUUCAGAAAACUGCUACCGAUUCAAGUGUUCCUGAAUAGAAAAGACGCUUCACGCCCAAAUCAAGCGGAAAUUGGUGGGCUCAGUCAAGAUGGUGGACUCAGUCAAGGUGGUGGACUCGGUCAAGAAGGUGGAAUCAGUCAAGGUGGUGGACUCAGUCAAGAUGGUGGACUCAGUCAAGGUGGUGGACAUAUUCUGAAUGAUGGAGACACUGAUGGUGGACAGAUUCAAAAAGAUGGACAUGAUCAAGAACUGGGACCUUCUUCCAGAAGAAAAUGUAAAAAGCCUUCGCACAAAUUGUCGGUAAACUACUGGAGAACAAAAUAUAUGAAUAAUAAGGCGAGUGUCAAACAUUUCCAAAGCUAUCUUCGGGCAGCUAAAUCUACAAUAAGGAAGCAAAAUACUUGGAAGCCUGCGGCAGCCAUAUUCUCCAAUGCACAGUUAAGAAGAUUAUCGAAUCCUGCAUCUAGAAGUCCUUGGAACCAAGACAGUGUGGCUAAAGCUUUGGCACUAAGUCCAUCUCUUCCAAAGCUUAUGGUUUCGUUACUAAUGUAUUAAAUUAUCCAUUACCCUCUGCAGAAUGUCUUAGCCGAUGAAUAAUGAACUUUCAAACUCCCCCAGGAAUCUUAACUAAAAGCCUGGAUUUAUUAAAUGCAAAUGGUUUACUAAAAACAGUUCAGAAAGAUUGACAGUACUUUCGUUUGAUGAAAUGUCCAUUAAGUCCCUGUCAAAAAGCACUGGUUAUUGCAGGAAAUGCACUACCUAAGAUCUUCAACUUCCUUCAAUAUAAAUGCAAUGUAAAUUAUGGUUUAACAUCUACAUUAACUCAGGAUGCCCUUGAGAAUUUUUUCUCUUGUGUUCGGCUCAUUGGGGCAGGUGCAUAUGCAGAUUGCAGUGAUUUUGAGGCAAGGAUUAGGAUUUUAUUGUUAGACUUAGAUGUACCUGCUUCUCUUUUCCAGUCUACAUUAGUCGAGGUACAAGAUGAAACCGAUGAUAACACGCCAUAUUGUACAGCACGCAAUAUAGGAUUUCAGCUUUUUGAAUGUGAAGUUGACGACAUUGAGUAUCAUGAAGUACAACUGAUAAUGUCUCAGACAAUAGACAACCAGGGUUGUCCUAGUAAGGAGAGCAUAGAUGCCUAACAGGAAGCAUUAAAAUAUGUAGCAGGUUACAUAGCAUUUAAGCUCAAAGAAACUCACCCUCACUUUCUUGGAGAACCUUCAAAGAAUUCUUGGAUUUCAAAUAUUAGGAAAGGCCAUUUACUUUAUCCUUUCCCUGAAUUAUUGGAAUUGAUCAAACAUUUUGAACUUGUUUUUUGUUUAAUUCAUGGAAAUACUUUAGAUGUAAACCCAGGAGUAAUUCGGCACUUUUUUUUUUUAAUUAGUACUAAUGUCUAAAUAUCCAAACUGUGAUGAAAAUUUUUUGAAACUGUACAGUAUACUAGAACAAGAACAUUUAUUAGAUUAAAAUACUUUGAAAAGGGAAUAUGCAAAUAAGCAGGUUAGUUUCAGAAUCUAUAAAAAGAACAAACAAUGGGGAGCCUCAAAAAUUUAUUAAUCUAGGCCUCCAAAUUCAUUCCUCGAUGCACCAUCCCAUUAUUACUGCAAAGAUUAUCUAUCACAAGACACGUUUUAUUACUUUUUCACAGACGUGGAAAAACAAUAGCUCACGAAGGUGGCUAUUUUACCAGACUUGUGUUGAAGCAUAUACGUAUCACUAUGCGUGCUAAUUAAAAAUCAAGAUCUAGGUGGUGUUAUUCGUUAAAAGUCGAUCAUGUGAUUCUAAUGACAGAAAUAGUAUGUAUGUAUUUAUGUGUGUUUGUACUGAAAAGACGAAAAACGUAAACAGUUAUUAUGUCUGUUAAAUGUUAUAACAUGAAAAUGUAUCCAGAUCAAUAGCAACUUGUAAAGUUAUUCCGAUACCUGUGUGAAAUAUAUAAAUGCAUUCUUCAUA